UCAAGCUGCUAUUGCUUCUAUUCUCGAUUCAAGUAAAGUAUUUAUAUGCUGUGUGCUAAAAGGUGUGCUAUAACACGCCUGAAUUGUCUCGCAUUAGAGUUUAUGUCGAAUACAGCAUGAGUAAUCUAUAGCAUCUUUUCAAACACCUUCGAUGGCAUAGGCGCAACCGUAUGUAUAUAAACAAUAAAUUAUAUAAAGAGGGCAGGUAAAACUCAUGUUGUACGAACGAAUAGUCUCCACCGGGGACAUAGUGAUAUUCUCAAAAUUGGACGCGUAUGCGUCUUAGGAUCAGUUGGCGUCUGGACUCUAAGACACGACAGCAUAAUAAUGUAUUAUCGAAAGUUAUAUUUUUAACAUUUUAUACAUUAAUGAUUGCGUCAUGAUAUACCUUUUAGUUAAAAUAUUAAGAAAGUUUAAAACUAGCCUUAAACUACUAAUUUUUACCAUGCUGAAAUUGAAUCCACAACUCAUCAUGUAUCAAACCCAUCCCAAACCUUUUUAUAAAAAGGGGUAAAAUCCAAUACUAUAAAUAAAAAAACAUAUUCAUAUCGGCUAGAGGCGCUCGCAAUAUCUCCACGAGUCGAGGCAGGAGGCAAGGCGCGGAGGAUCGCGGGGUUUCCACACAAUCUAUCCUCGGUAUAAUGGAGCUGUUAAAGACAAUAUUCCGGGUAACAUAUUGAAUGCAGCUCGAAGAAUGUGUAAGCGAGCGAGCGGCGACGAGUCGGCCGGGGUGAUGGCGUACUGAGCGCAAGAAUUUUAUCAUAAAUCCUUCUUGUUCCUAUAAAGUUGAAAAAUGAGAUGAAUAUGUCGUUUCUUCAUAACACGCGUCACGCUUGGCUCGUACAUAUUAGUUACAGUAACCAACAUUUUAAUUAAUAGAUAUUGCUUAGUUAUAUAGCGGCCGUGAACUCAUUAUGAGUGUCCGUUUAGCAUAUGGAAAAGGUGGUUUCUUGCACCUCAAUGACCGUAUAAAACUAGCGUCCAACGUUACACACCAGUGUUUUAGGUUAACGAUACCUUACAUAAAGAAAAUGAGUACAGUAUAGUUCAAUUUACAACACCACUUUCAAAUUAAAACAAAUAAAACCUUAACUUCAAAAUCCAUUCCUCCGGCUACACCACGACCCUAAAGCAGCGAUAAAUCGGUAGCUACAUCUGGCCAGGAGCUCGGUUCAAUUUUAUUACUAUUCUCUUCUGGCUCCGACUUAUUUGAUUCGCCCGUCAAAGCGCCCGGCCGGGACACUCCGUGGCAUUAUCUCCCUCUCAUAGAGCCUCGCGGAGACUUAUCUAUCACGCCUUUGUCGUCUAUACCUUUUAAAUUGUAGCUUCUACGGUAUUGCGUUCCGUCUUCGCUAAAUUUACAUACUCGGUUGUAUUUUGUAAUAUUUUUGGAGACUAUUGCUACGUUUAUUGAUUCCAAUUGGUUUAUUUGCUCAUUUUUUUAUGACGCUUACAAAUAAAUAUAAUAUUCCUUAAAAAUUAGGCAACGGGGAAGUUAUUUCUACUACUACUACUACUAUUUCAAAAUCUCAAUAGAAACAAAACGUCCAAUAAAAUUUACGCAAUAUCACACUUCUUAUGUAACAAUGAAAUUUACAGCCGUUUUAUUACCUUUACUUUACAAUUGUAUAAAUUCUUGUAAAAUGGUGAAUGCUAUUCUCAGUAUUAUUUUGAUUUGGAAUGCAAUUCAAUUUGGUUUAGUUUGCAGCGAUGCAAAACUCCCAGCGUUCAAUAGCAUGCAAAACAGACUUGCAUUGGACGCACUCAAGUCCAAAUCUGGUCAGAACGCAGUGGUGUCGACGUUGUUUGUAAAAUUCCCACUGUGUAAGUUAGCAACUGUCGCAGUCGGUGAGGCUAAACAGGAACUUCUCUCUGUACUGGGCUAUAAAACUGAUGGAUCAAUCAAAACCUGUUACACAGAAAUGAAAGAAGUUUUUGACUUCUUGAAGCAAGCAGACCUAACGCUCGUCAACAAAAUGUAUGUCAACUAUACGAAUGACAUUAAGCCUGAUUUUAUAACCAAUUCAAGUCUGUUGUAUGGAGUGCAGGUUGAGAAAGUUGGUUUCAACUACCCUUCUGCGGCGCAGUCUUUCAUUAAUCGCUGGAUCGAGACAGCAACUUACAAGCGCAUAAAAGAUGUCGUCGAUAAAAAGGAUAUUGAUAAGAAUACCACAAUGAUAUUAGUGAAUGCAGCUCACUUCAAGCUAUCCUGGGAGUUUCCUUUCGACCAACGGAUGACUGUGAACAAGAAGUUUACCCAGUACAAUAAGAAAAAGAUAACGAUCCCGAUGAUAUCCAAAGUGGAUCAGUUUCUCUAUGGAGAUGAUGAAGCUAAUGAUCUCAGGAUGCUUACAUAUUAUCUAGGAGCUUGGGGGACAGCAAUAACGUACGUAAUGCCAAACAGCGCUCAGGAUCUGCCCGGAUUUCUAGACAAACUGCAAAAGAAACCAGACUUGCUAGCACCAUCUAAGAAGUUGAUGCAAUGGACGAGACUGAAAGUCUUUCUGCCUCGUCUAAAAAUUAAAUCGCAUGUAGACUGGACUGAGUUUUUGAAACUGCUAGGCUUAAAUAAAAUAUUCAACAACGCUUCAUCGGGACUUGAGGAGAUAUUGCAGAAGAACAGUAGAACAAAAAAUAUAUGGUUGAGUAAAGUGAAACAGAAGGUAUUUGUGGAGAUGGAUGAAAUGGGUGUAGCGAGGCACGAUAGGCACUUACCAGACCAAGAGUACAUGCAGCGCAUCAUGAUGGGCCCGGGCAUCAAUAUUUUGGAAUUUGCCGCCGACAGGCCGUUUUACUUCGUCAUCAGCAUAUCCCUCGGGAGCACCAGUCAUGACGUAUUCAACGGCGUGUAUUAUGGACCUGAAUUGAAUUAACGGACACAGACAUUUUAAUGCCAAUAAAAUGCUGUUUGGUGGAAUAUGGACAGGAAUUUAAAUUGAUGAAUUUAUUAUUGUUUAUUGGAAGUUGAAUAUUAAAAUGGGAAAAUUAUUUAUAUUUUAAA